AGCCUCUCUUUGGCGGCGCGGUCGGUCUAUAAAAGAGACGCUGGGCGCCGGCGCCCAUUUGCUUUUGUGGCGUGGGUGGAGGAGGUUGAAUUGCUACUGUGCGGCCGUGCUCCUGCGUGUCGUGUAGUGAUAACUCAGUGACUGUCGAGAUGGUGGAAGCAGAUCGUCCUGGAAAACUCUUCAUUGGCGGUCUUAAUACUGAAACGAAUGAAAAAGCACUUGAAGCAGUGUUUGGCAAAUAUGGAAGGAUAGUCGAAGUUCUACUGAUGAAAGAUCGGGAAACAAACAAGUCAAGAGGUUUUGCUUUUAUUACUUUCGAAAGUCCAGGGGAUGCGAGGGAUGCAGCCAGGGAUAUGAAUGGAAAGUCUUUGGAUGGAAAACCUAUUAAAGUAGAGCAAGCUACUAAACCAGCAUUUGAACAUAGUGGACGACGUGGACCACCCCCACCCCCAAGAAGCCGUGGUCCUCCUAGGGGGAUUCGAGGUGGAAGAGGAGGUAGUGGAGGAAUGAGAGGCCCACCUCAAAAAGUCACCUCCAGAGGACCACCAUUGAAAAGGGGUCCCCCAGGACGUGCAAACGGACCCCCACCUAAAAGGCCUUUUCCUUCUGGGCCAAUGAGAACUGGGAGUAUGAGUGGAAGAGGAAGUGGAUCAAGAGGUAAAAACACAAUUGAUUUAAGUGAAAAAUGGUUUUAUGCUUUAUUCAAUGUCGAAAAUGUGGGUGACUGCUUUUUAUUCCUAGGACCUCCCUCGCGUGAAAGGGACAGUUAUCCAUCACCUCCAUCCCGCAGAGAGAUGGUGCCAUCAAGAAGGGAUGAUUAUAUUCCCAGAGAGGAUUACUACUACAGAGACAAUUACUCUAACAGAGAUUAUCCAAGCUCUAGAGAGACAAGAGAUUAUGGUCCACCACCAAGGGAAUCGUAUAGUUCCCGUGAAUAUUCCCACUCGGGUGGACGUGAUGAUUAUGGAUCAAGAGGAUACAGUGAACGAGAUGGAUAUGGUGGACGUGAAACACGUGACUAUUAUAAUGAUCGUCCAAGUGGUGGCUCCUACAGAGACUCGUAUGAUGGCUAUGGUAACUCACGAGGCGCUCCACCUGCACGAGGGCCGCCACCAUCUUACAGUGGAGGUGGCCGUUACGAUGACUACAGCAACAGCUCUCGGGAUGGAUAUGGUGGAGGCCGAGAUAACUACAGCAGAAGUGAAACUUACUCAAGUAGCCGAAAUGAUCGUGUUGGUAGGCAAGAUAGAGGUCCAGGUCUUCCAAUGGAAAGAGGCUAUCCUCCGCGCGAUUCAUACAGCAGCUCAAGCCGUGGAGGAAAUCGUGGAUCAGGGCGUGGAGGAAACCGCUCUGACAGGGGCAGUGGCCGAAGCAGAUACUAAAACUGAACUUGAUAUAACUUGGACCAAAAAGCCCUUCCUCUUAGUGCUGUUUUUUCCUUACUGAAACACAACAAACAAUUUGAGGUGAAAGGACUGUCAAGUGCUUUCCAUGCAAGAGGAAUUUGAAAUUUUAAUUUGGUUUGCUGUUUAUUGUUAGUUUUUGUUUUUUUAUAAAAAAAAGUCAGUUUGUACUUUCUAGUGGGAAUGGUGCAGAGACUGGUUAAACAUUAAAAAAAAGUUAAUGUUAUAUUGGUGCUGCUGUCUGUGGCUUUUCCAUACAUACAUGGAUAUAUAGAACUAGAUCUUGCUUUGUUGCACCAGUGCUAUUGUGAAAUAAAAACUGAACAUUUUCAGUGAAUCAUGUUAUGUUGUUUAACCAAACUCUUUUGUGGGCUGGGAGUGGGUUGCGGGGGGGGUAAUGAAAAGAAAAUAUUUUAGUUGGUUUUCUUUACAAAAUGGGAUGAAAAAAGUGCCCAGGCAACUCAAUUCAACUAACAGCAAGCAAUGCCGAUGAACCGUUCAUAACUGCCCAAUGAAACCUUGCAAUUUUCAAAAUAUACCAGUUGUAUUUCAGUCUCCUCCAGUUACAGAUCAACAUUCAACCUCAAAAGUUCCAGUCACAGCUGACUCUGAAGCAAGCUGGUUAAAAAAAUUACAAAUCAUCAGCAGUGAGUAUCUUUAAAAGUGAUUUGUUUUUAAGUUCUGGCUUAAAGUGGAUACAAAUCUUAAAAUUUCCCAAAUGUCAUUUAAGCAGUUUCAUUUUCUGCAAGUGUAGUAUCUCGCUUUAAAAGGAAUUUGCUAUGAUUUUAAGAAUUGGGCAUCAAGAUUUACAAAGAAACCUCCAACAAAGGCCUAUUACUGUUCAAAAGCUGAAGAUUUAGGAAAGGCAGUUGAAUCUAGGACAUUCUCAACCGUAUCAGCCAUUUUUACAUGAAAAGAGCAACUCUGGUAAGCAACGCAAACCUUUUUAUGUUAACCUACUAAAUGAAACCCAUGGUUACGUAAGGAAGCACUUGGCUCACCGAUUAUAACUCCAUGUUGAAUUAAAACACAAUGGAAUAAAGUAGGUUAUCAACAAACUAUUUUAAGUUGCCUACUAAAUGAAACCUGGUUACAUAAGGAAGCCUGUCGAUCACCAAAUAUUGUCAUCCUUCUGUUCGUGUUAAAUGAAAUGGAAUUCUAUACAUGACGCAAAAUCAAACCGGCAAAGCAAUUUUUCUGAACCACGUUGGACAACUGUUGAAUCCUCAGCAGCAUCAGUGGAUUGACUGGAAGGCCAAUGGAAAAAGUAAAUUGUGAUUUGAAUGAUUUUAAACCCAUAUUUUUAGUAGUAACUAACUGAAUUGUAAAGCACAAGUAUUGAGUUUGGUUUCAUACAGUACAAGCUACAGCAUGUUCUUUCUUGCAGGAUGAGGAUAUAGAAAAUCGUUUUGAAAACUGAUGCGGAGGUGUCCACCUGUAAGCUGAUUGAUUUCCUGAGCUGGUUGAGGACUAUUUACCCAGAUCGAGAAAUCUGGAUUUAAAUGACACCAUUGAAAAUUCAAAAGUGCUGGAGCAGCAUUGUGUGGAUUGUUGAAGAGAGCUUGAACUCCACAAGACUAUUACAUGACCAACAAGACAUUCUUUAUGGCACUACUGAGAACAGAGGGUGGUUAGAGCUGUAUUCAACCAUGUGUUUCUGAAGUGCAUUUGGAUUUUUUGUAGUAAUGUUUGAACCUCUGGCGGAAAAACUGGGAGAAAUUAAAGGCAGUCUAUAAUUUAAGAUUGUCUACUGUUAACCUGUCCUUCUCAGUUAUCAUUAACAAUUCGCCCAUUAUUACAAACUAUUUCUGACUAAUUAUAAUUGACCCUUUUUGCCGAGCUAUUGGUCUGCUGCAGCUCAUGGCAAGAUCAAUCCAAUAAACUUUUAUUUCCUUAAAAUUACUCGAAGGGGAAAGGUACAGUAGAUGUUGGAGUAGAGAUGAUCACAUUUAAAUAUAUUAAUAGGUCUGAUGGAGAGAGUUUCAGUUUGCUCGACUAAGAUCUGAAAGUAAUUUUCACAAUUAGAACACAGGUUAGACUGGCAGGGUAGAAUGUAUGACUGCUCUUAAUCCAGCACUUCAGUACCAACAGGCAAUGAAGGGAAAACAUUUUUCUUAAGACGUGAACACUGACUUGAAACUAAAUUUAGUUUUCCCAAAUGCAUUGUGUUUUACAAUUACCAUUGAUGUGAAACUAGGUAGGAUUAAAUGGAAUUAUGUAGGGCCAAUGCAGAUGACCUAGCACAAUGUGGGUAUAGUAAUUAAAAAGGAAAUGCUAAUGUGCGAGUUGUCUUUACUCCAAUCACUAAAAGUAAUCUCUAAUAAUAGAUUUAAUGAGCAUUAAAGCAGGUGGUUUGAAAUAUGCUUUGAAUAGAGCGCAAGGAUGUUUUUGAGACCACACAUUGUGUAGUAUUGGACUUAUGGAAUUUCUGGGUUCUCAGAUAACAGGACUGUUGUGUAAGGUGUGGUGGGUCCAUUUUCACGAGCAUUUUGUAUAAUUGGAGGAGAUCUCAUUUAACCUGAAAGAAGUAGACAGACCAGAUAUAGGGAGGAUGUUUGUCCUAGUUUGAAGUCCAGAGGUCUGUCUGGCUAAGAACUUUGUCUGACAUUGACACUCUCAGAUGACAGCCUGUAGAAUUAUUUACUACAAAGUGGUGAAGGCUAAGCUAUUUGCUGAAUAUAUUUAAGGAAAUGAUCACAAAAACUUCUGAGGGUAUGGGGAGAAUUGGCAUUAAGAUUCUUAUUGAACCGCAGAACCUGUUUGAAGGGCGCUUGCAUCAUGCAAAACUAAAGGGCCCAUGUUGAUGACAAACCGAAUGGCCUGCACCUGGGCUAUCUUCCUACUCAUACUUGAGCCUCAUUUUGCACAAUUAAAACUUCCAAGUACUGUAUUAAAAUUGACACCUUAUCCAAGCAGUAAAAAUUCAAUUGUUGUAAGUUAGUUUGUGGAUUUUAUCUAAUCAAUUUGAAAUGACAAUUCAUUUGGUAUUGCACUGGAACAACUGAGUGAUUGAACCUUUCUGAGAUGUAUACAAUGUUACAUGCACAUUAGAAUGUUCAGAAAUUGUACAUUUUUCAUAGUUUCAACUUUGCAAUAAAUCUCAUUUAAUUA